GUGCCUCAGUUUGAACCGAGUAAUUGGCUUUUAUGGUUUGCUUUAAUUUUUAUUGUUGGUUUUAGAUAUUUUCGGUUAUUAUGGUGGAUUAAUGUACCAAACACAGUUGUGGGUAAGGUAAGAAAGUUGAAGAGGUCUUCUUUAUUCAAAUGGUAG